AUGUCUGACGCCGAGCAGUUCUCGUCAUCCGAGGUCCAGAAGCUACAAGCUCAAUUACGCGAGAUCGACGAACAGAGCAAGGAAGGCAAGUUCGUGACUGCGGACGGAGGCGUCCCUGCUGGAAGCGAAGAGAUGGCUGCACUCUUGGAGAAAUGUCUACGAUGGUCCGAUGUACUCAUCGCGAAGAAGUACGCUGCUGACUCUGUCCUUAGAAGAGGAGUGAUCCCUGAGUCGUUCAGGCCGACAUACGACAUUCUUUUCCGUAUCCGCAACGAGCUCGAAAAGCUGUCUAUUACGCAAGCGUGGUCUCUACGUGAAGCAGACCUCUUCGACUUCCAGAGGCAGCUGGACAAGAUCGACGAGAGUAGAAUCAACGGCAACUGGCUGGACGACGACGGCAAACCAGCCGAACUCUACGUUCAGCGUACGCUCCUUUAUCUCAUUAGAAGAAGCUACGCCUAUAUCUACUCGCUUAUGAUCUCCUCGGAACCAGUGUCCGAGGCCUUGUUACCGAUUUACAAUCAGCUGCAAACUCUCAAGAGAUGCUUGAUCGAGGUCAAAAACAGCGGCGGUGUCCAGUCUGUCAGGGAGCUGUAUCCCUACAGCAUGAAGCUUCACUCGAUCGACAAUAUGCGUCAAGACGGAAAGUUCAUGAUCAACAACGAUAUUCCGGAAGGACAGGGCAGUGUCAGCGAGCUUCUCGCCGAGUGUUUCGAGCUUAACUAUGAACUCAGGGUCGCUGCUGAAGAGCAGGCUGAGGCUUAA